CGGUGCUUCGCUAAAAUGAACACAGACUGCACCAAGCCUUCUGUUGCUCCAAAGCCAAGAUGUGUUUGUCACACCAGCUUAAAGCUGCCAUCCCCUCUCAUGUCCGCAGCCAGGGGUCCCAAACCUUUUAUAGCCCCAAAACCUAAAGUCACACCAGAGCUUAAUGGUAACCAAGGAGGAUGCUUCAAUGGCGGCUUACUAAAUUCAGACGGCGAGGUUGAUGAUGAGCACGAGACAGCGAACAGUCUCAACAAAGUUGUUGCAGACGGGUUACCAGCAGAGAAACAAUUUAACGUCUACAUCCUCAAACCACCACAACAUAAUGUUCAUGGGUCGGAGGACGGAGAGGCGACAGAGGAGGAAAAGGAAGAGGAAGACAUUACACAUAAGGUGGACGAGGACUGGAAGUUAACUGAUAGUGCUUUAUCAGAGGAGGUGGACUCCCUGGAAACACUUUGGGUCAGUGAUGCUGGGCUCACAGCUGAGUCUGAGGACGCAGUGGAGAUGGUUGACACAGACGUGACGGAGGACAUAGAAGCCGAAGGUUGUGACGCAGGCGAGGCGCUGGCCGACACAGAUGGCCUCUCAGUGGGAGACAUCUCUGUUAAUAGCAUUGAUGAGGAGGCAUGCUAUUCUGCUGAAAAUGGAGACAUGAGGGAGAGGCAGGAGAAUCUCCAGAUCAAUGAGGAUGAAACAGGUGACUGUACAGCAGAUGAUUUAACUGAGUCCCUCACAGAUGAACCUUAUCUCAUCAGCAAUGGAAACAUGAAGGACACUGAUACACAAGAUGGAGAGGAGAAAGAAGAAGAACCUUCUCCUGGUAGUGGUAUCACUUGUAACAUCCUAACAUUUCAAUGUGGCCAUAAAGUGAAGGAAAAGGGCGAAAACCAACAGAAUGUUAGUUUUUAUGACUUUAAACACGAAGACCAGAGACAUGCCGCUGUAGAGGACGGUCCUCCUCAUGAGCCUUACUACAUCUCAUCACAGGACAUUAUUAACAGAGAGAUGAUAUCAAGGAAUAACAAAACUCAUGGACUACCACAGAGUCCACUUUCAUCUGUAAACAACAGUGGAGUAUCAGCUGGGAAAUAUCAGAAAACAGCAGAGAAUGGACAAACAGAGUGUGUGUCCUCUGAGGAUUACGUGGAGGUUGGUAACCCUCUUGAGUACAGCAGCUACAACAGGGAUGAAAAUAAGGCGAGAGCUUAUCUGAAAAUAACUGAAGAACUCAAAGCUCAGACAGCGGAGGCCUUAUUUGAUCAUGUGGACUGCCAGCCGAGGUUCAGGCUUGUAUCCAUCUCAGUGCCGACCGACACGGAUACCUCGCUGACAUCUUCUCUCUCGGAAAGCCAGCUGCUUUCUCCAAGUGACUCAGAUGUCUUUGAGGAAGACCUAGAGGGUCACAUAGUGCCUUUCCUGGAGCGCACCACUGAUACAGAACCGGACAUCAGUGAUGAGCAUGUCUAUGAGGAACCAGGGCACAGUUUAGAGGGGGAAAAGGUUUUUCCUUCUCAUAAGAGGACAGCAGAGAUGCUCUCCUGCUCACUGUCACAUCGCAUUAAUAAUCAUGUGGCUGAGUUAGGAGUGCAGUUUGUUCAGAGGCCCUACAUGAGUGGAAUUGGACAACCUGCACUGAGCAGCAGCCCAAUGAUCAGCUCAACGCGGCACAAGCGCUACAGCAAACCUCAAUAUUUGUCCCUGUACCCACGCUCCAUCUCUAUGGAGGGACAGGACAUGCCUCUAGGUGUCUACUACAGGGAAGGAUCCCCAAGACAAGGAGGUGCCAUUUGUUCAUCAGGAAGCUUCUCACGGUGCUCACCGCUAUCAUCCAGUGGCCUGUCCACUCCGACAUCUGUCGUGGAUAUUCCUCCUCCGUUUGAGCUGGCCUACAUCACCAAGAGGCCCAUCACAAAGAGUUCCCCUUCACUUUUCAUCGAAGGAGACUCGUCGGAGAAAAACAGGAAAAAGAAAUCCUCCAUUAAGCGUUUCCUGAUGCUUAAAUUUAGGCGGAAAACAGAUAGCAAGCCGGUGGAUGCAAACCCGUCCUUGUUUAAGUCCUCAACAGAAUCCUACCACCACACGCCCAGCAGACUGCUGGAUCUAGAGAGACGCAGCUUCAGUAGCUCUCCACAGCUCAUAUCACGCUCUGCUAGUAAACCUCAUGUUUCUUCAGAGCCGGCCUCCACCUUCUUGCUCUACAAGGAAAGAAAAGGGAACUCUGUGGCCUUUCUCAAUCGCAGUGUUGUCCGGGUCGAGUCCUUUGAAGAACGGUCCUGUGUGCCUUUCACACCUCUUCCCCUGACCAAGCCUCGCUCCAUCUCCUUCCCCAACGCAGAUACCUCAGACUAUGAGAAUGUUCCCGCCAUCAGCUCGGACUACGAGAACCUUCAGGUCCCACAGCGGAGGCCCGUCUGCCAGGCGCCGUUCACAGGCUUCUUUGACCGUACCAGUCGGGUGAUGUCCUCUGCCAAUGACACUGACGGUUAUGUGGACAUGAGCAGCCUCCCUGGUUUCAAGAAUACAACGCAAUCACCUGAACAGGAAACGGAAAGUGCCUAUACAGAAGCCUACAAUGUGUGCUCGGUGGCUGUCUCAGUGGAUGACGUCAGGGGAGAGACAGCGGGUGAAGAAGACCAAGGACGCACCUCUGAGGAGGAAGAGGGAGGUUUAGACAGCAUUUAUGAUAGACAGCCUGACGGACGAUCCAGAGCCUUUUACAUCGCGAAGGAGCUAGUGGAUACAGAGAGAUUACACGUGAAAGCCCUCAAGCUCCUCCAGGAAGACUUUCGGGAAGCAGUGGGGGCAGCGGUCGGCGACGAGGGGGAUCCUGUGUUGGAUGAAGAGAGGCUUCGAGAGAUUCUCAACGAGCUGCCUGAUGUUUACACCCUACACCGCCGAAUCCUCAGCGAGCUGGAGAACCGGAUCCGACACUGGGAGGAAAGCCAGAGGAUCGCAGACAUCUACCUGUCCAGAAAAGCAGAGUUCUUGGUUUUCACCACUUAUAUCGGCCACUACGAUCGCAGUAUGAGCCUGCUGGAGGACAGCUGCCGAGCCUCCCCUGCCUUUGCAGCCAUUGUUCACCAGUUUGAGCAGCAGAGUCCAGCUGGGGUAAAGGUGUCUCUGAAACAUCAGCUGUUGCAGGUCAUUGUGCGUGUGGCUCAGUACCGCAUGCUCCUCACUGAUUACCUGAACAACCUCUCCCCUGAUUCCAAGGAGUAUAAAGACACCCAAGCUGCUUUAGCUGUCGUUUCUGACAUUGCAGAUCAAGCAAAUGACAGCUUGAAACAUGGGGAGAACUUAUUGCGCCUGGUCAACAUAGAGUACAGUGUUCGUGGCCUGCAGGAUCUGCUGCAGCCGGGCAGGGUCUUUGUGAAGGAGGGCACCCUGAUGAAGGUCAGCAGGAAGAGUCGACAGCCCCGCCAUCUGUUUUUGAUGAAUGAUGUGUUGCUGUACACCUACCCUCAGCAGGACGGGAAAUACAGACUGAAGAAUACUCUGCUACUCACUGGUUUGAAGGUCAGUAAACCCUUCGUGGAAAAUGUCCAAAAUGCACUGAGGAUUGAAGGAAUGGACAUCUCCAUCACUUUGUCUGCCAGGGGUGGUUCCUUUAUUGAAAGAGAGGACUGGUUUUAUACUCUGAGUCGCACUGUGACUGAACAUACCAGGGGAUCUAGCAUCAACAGCUGCUCAGGAGAGGCCAGAGAUCAUCUGCGGCUGACUCUCGGAGAGAAAGCCCCCACGCUUGUUCCAGUCUCAGAAGUGAUGAUGUGCAUGAACUGCACCUCAGAUUUCAGCCUCACUCUCCGUAGACACCAUUGCCACGGCUGCGGAAGAAUUGUUUGUUGGAGCUGCUCAAGGAACCGAUCAAUGAAAUACAUGAAAGAUCGCAGCAAAGUGUGUGAUCAUUGUUACAAUGAGCUAAAGAAGAGAGGGGGAGACGUGUCUGCUUUGUCAGGUAAGAGUAGCCCUCGUCCAAACCGCUCCAGUCGUCCUCUUUCUGCCGUGUUCCAAAACAUUCAUCCUCCAAACAUCUGGAGACAUCGGAAAGGCACUGCUUCCUUCACCCAGGUGACAGUGUCAGAGGAAGGCUCCAUUAGUGGCACUCUACAGCGCAGCAAGACGAGCAAGAGGAACUGGAAGAGGCUGUGGUUCCUCCUUAGAGACAAGGUGCUUUACACCUACCGAGCCCAAGAGGAGAAAGUAGCAUCUGAGAGUUUACCUCUGCUGGGUUUCACAGUGAAGCUACCUGACAAGCGAGAGGAGGAGGAGGCCAACGUCUUCCAGCUUUACCACAAAAACACUUUGUAUUACUCCUUCAGAGCUGAGGACAACUACACAGCCCAGAGGUGGGUAAAUGCCAUGGAGGAAGCCACCGUUUUAUAGGAUUAGUUUACUCUGGGUGGAUCACCGAAAUAGAAAUCGUCUGCCUUUCUUCUGCUACAGGACUGUGAAACCAAAAGGGGGAAAUUAUGAAUAAAAGAGAAAACAAUAUAUUUGAUUAAGUCUGGAAGUUGUAACUUGUCUGGCUGGACUGAAUAAGAGAAGACGUCUUGUUCUUUGA